AUGUCGCAAGAAACACCAUGUGCUCAAGGAGCGCACAUCCUGAAGCUGCCCAUGGAGCUACUCGAGAUGAUCGCUGACCAAGUCGACACCGAGACUGGUAUCCUCAGCAUGCGCCUCGCCUGCAAAGAGCUGUCUGCCGCCGCUUUCAAGUCUUUCUCGGACGAGUACUUUGACGAAGUGUCUUGCUUCAUGCUGGACCCAAAGCGCCUUCUAAGAGCAAAACACAUCAUAUCCACGCCACAUCUAGCCCGGCGCGUCACCUCCUUCAACUUUACUCUCAACCACCUCGACCGUGAGGACUGUUUGGUUUUCGCUACCGCGCAACACGAGACCGACGCAGAGGCGAUGUUUGGACAAUCUCAGACGGCAGCUGACAAGCAUGGGCUCUUUACGACAACGGACAGAGUGCCUUCUCGACGUCACUACCGUCAUGGGUGGAAUCAAUCAUGA